CUCUUGUACAUUCAAUUGUUGAAGGUCAAACUUCUGAUUAUUAGUAUUUCUGAUAAACUAAGGUCUUGGGUCGAUCGAUAUAAUGUUUCUCAUAAUUGUUGUAAUUCUCUCCUUAAAAUAAUGAAAAGUGAAGGUUUAAAAGUUCCUAAUGAUAUAAGAACUUUGAUGAAAACCCCCAAAACCCAUAAUAUUAUAAAUAUAACUAAUGGUUCAUACAUUCAUUUGGGAAUAGAAAAUAUGCUAUUACCUAUUCUUAAAAAAUAUCCACAUCAUGUUAUAAAGAUAGGCAUUAAUAUCGAUGGGCUACCUAUUUCUAGAAGCUCUAAAUCACAACUGUGGCCAAUACUGAUUUUUGUUUUAAAUUUUAAAGAGCUCAUUAAUAAUGUUGUAACUCUAGGAAUAUAUCAUGGAGAUAAAAAGCCUAAUUCUGUUGAAGAAUUUAUGAAUCCAUUUGUUCUAGACCUCUUAAAUAUUAUAAAUUCUGGUUUGAAUGUUAAUGGAACUCUUAUGAAACUAGAAAUAAGUAACAUUGUUUAUGAUUCUCCAGCUAAAAGUUUCCUUUUGAAUGUGAAGUCACACAAUGCAUAUUUUGGGUGCACAUCAUGUCUAGAAGAAGGUACAUAUGUAAGUCAUAGAGUGGUAUUUCUUGGAGUAGAGUCUGCUUUAAGAACUGACUAUUCUUUUCGAAAUAGACUUAAUGAAGAUUACCACAAAGGACCUAGUCCAUUGGAGUUAUUGCCAAUUGAUAUAGUAGAUACUGUGUGUCUUGAUUAUAUGCACAAUGUAUGUUUGGGUGUAACAAAAAGAUUAAUUGAAUUGUGGGUAAAAGGUAAAAAAGACAUUAGAAUGAUUGAUAUUAAUAUUCAAGAAGUGAAUAAUUCAAUAUUAAAAAUAAGAGAUUAUGUACCUUCUGAAUUUUGUCGUCUACCCCGCCCACUUACUGAUAUUGAAUUCUGGAAAGCUAUAGAAUUAAGAUUUUUUUAUUAUAUUCUGGUCCUAUUGUUUUGAAAGGCAAACUUAAAAAAGCCUAAUAUUAUCAUUAUUUAUUACUAGUUUUUGCCAUUAGGAUUUUAUUAUGCACUGAAACUUGUUAUACAUUAAAUGAUAAUGCAGAAUUUCUAUUAAAAAAAUUUGUUAAGGAAUAUUCUAUGUUGUAUGGUGAACAUUAUAUAUCAUAGAAUGUACACAGUUUAAUCCAUCUUCCUAAGUUUGUAGAAACUCAUGGGCCGUUGAAUAAUUUUAGUUGUUUUCGGUAUGAAAAUUAUUUGCAAAAAAUAAAAAAUAGUUUAAAAUCAACUAAAUAUACUCUUCAAGAAACUCAUAACAGAUUAAUAGGAAAACAAAAGUUAGAGUUAUCCCAGCAAUAUGAGACUUCUAAAAUGUACACCACGUUCAAUGAAACAGAGCAUAAUAUAA